UUGCAUCUGGUGAAAGUUAUCUCCCUUACUUGAAGAUUGAGUUACCUCGCCUGUGUGGAAUUUUCAGCUGCAGUAACAAUACAAUCAUGAGCUGCUACAAGUUCCUCCUGCUGGUUGGAUUGAUGCUGACAUACUUAUCGAUGGUGGAGUCAUCGGCUUGCUCAAAGAUCAAGUGCCUUAACGGUGGAACAUGUUAUGAAAAAAGUGGCAGGGCCUAUUGUCGGUGUACUGUAAACUACACAGGCACCUACUGUGGAACUUUGAUUGUACCCCCCAACCCCUGUGAUGGCGUCGUCUGUCAGAAUGGUGGAACCUGCACCGUAGUUUCCAAUGUGGCCACUUGUGUUUGUGCCUCUGGCUACACAGGUGACAGUUGCCAGACCCUAGCCUGUCCGUCUACCACAGGCGGCGGAAUAGGAACAUGUGGCGGCAUUUUCUGCACAACUGACGCUGAUUGUGGCGGUGGCGUAUGUUGCCCAAGUCUGUGUGGAGGUAACCUCUGCUACCCCUUCAGCUUUGGCCGAUAAACUCCAUGCCUAGAUAUUUUUGGACUUUUGGAAAAUCUUGUUCUGACUAUUUUUCUGUUCUGCAUCUUGAAUUAAUUAGACCAAAACUUCAUUCAUCUGAAUUUACGAUUUCUUUGCUGUUACAAAUUUAAUUUGAAUUCUAAUUGCUGAAGUGCUAUGUCAUUAAAUAAAAAUUUCAACCAC